AUGGAAUUACUUGCAGAUAGACCUAAAUCCACAAUGUCCGAAAGAAGGAAAGAACUGGAACUGAAAAAACAGAAGUUGCAAGCUUUAAGGGAGGAAAAGGAAAGGCGGAGGCGCGAGAAGGAGCAGAAAGAUGUGGAAGAGGCUGCACACAGGGCCGUUUUGGCGGCUGGCGGCGAUCAAAAAGAGGUUGAUGUUAUGUUGAGGGAAAUUGGCAUACCAACCAUCUCGGAGGUGUAUUCCAGUAUAUCAAGUAUAAAUUCCCUUACUCCAGAACCAAGUAGAAAUCACACGCCCGAUGCUUCAUUGCAGAUGAACAGUUUACCCAACAAUGUGAUUGCAGUAAAAAAGAAAAUUCCGCAACUGAGCAUUGUGGCAGUGCAAUCUACCAAUAUACCUCCCAAAGAAAUAGUUACUUAUACUAAGCAAACGCAGACCACAGCCACGGGCCACGAGCUUCGAGAUGGAUUGUCCUCUUCUACUUCAUCGUCCCCGCUUAAAGGUUAUAUGGAGGACUGGUGGAGACCACGCAAAGCGCACGCCACAGAUUACUACGACGAAUACAACCUAAAUCCAGGUUUAGAGUGGGAAGAUGAGUUCACAGUUUUGACGUAUGACGAUCCGCAAGGCGAGGACGAGGAGAACUCGCUACCUCAUAUGGGCGUAUACGGGAGCAAACUGCCUCCCGGCAUCCUGCCCCACGGUCUGCCCCAGGUCAAAGAGGUCCAACCGGCCGUCACCGCCGUCGAGCAAGAGUCCAAGAAGGAGCAGGAGAAGGAAAAAGAAAUAAGAGAACUGAGCGAAGAGGAGAAGCAAAUGAUCAUCCUGUCGGAGGAUUUCCAGCAGUUUGUCGACAGAGCGGGUCGUAUAAUGGAGAGGGCGCUGUGCGAGACCGUUAACAUAUACACGGAUUACUCCGGCAUAGGUGAAGAGGCGCUGGAUGAGAAGUGCCACCAGAGGAUAUCGUUUAACAGGACCUUCUUCGACGAAAGGUGGUCUAAGAAUCGCACGAUAACCGCCCUGGAUUGGUCGCCUCAGUUUCCCGAACUGCUCCUCGCCGCUUAUAAGGAGAAUGUCGAGUCACCGAACGAUCCCGACGGGGUGGUGUUGGUAUGGAACACGAAAUUUAAGAAAACCACCCCGGAGUAUAUUUUUCAUUGUCAGAGUGCCGUACUGUCAACGUGCUUUGCCAGGUUCCACCCAAACCUGAUAUUAGGAGGAACGUAUUCUGGCCAAAUCGUGUUGUGGGAUAACAGGGUACAGAAGAGGACGCCAAUUCAACGCACCCCUUUAUCAGCUAGUGUUCAUACGCAUCCCGUGUAUUGUAUGAGCGUCGUAGGUACACAGAAUGCACAUAACCUGAUCAGUAUUUCGUCGGACGGGCGCAUGUGCUCGUGGUCGCUGGACAUGCUCAGUCAACCGCAGGAGAUCUUGGAUCUGCAUCGGAUGCAAAGCAAACCGGUCGCCGUGACGUGUCUCGAUUUUCCCAGUUCCGACGUCAACAAUUUCGUCGUUGGCUCCGAGGAAGGGGCAGCGUACGCCGCGUGCCGUCACGGGACCAAGGCUGGGAUAACGGAAACGUACGACGGUCACCAGGGUCCAAUCACCGGCAUCAGUACGAACGCGGUCGAGGGUGGUAUCGACUUUUCCCACCUGUUUUUAACCUCGUCCGUCGAUUGGACGAUCAAGCUGUGGAGCCUGAAGGACUCGAAGCCGAUCUACUCGUUCGACGACAAUGGCGACUACGCGCUGGACGUGAAGUGGUCGCCGGUUCAUCCCGCGUUAUUCGCCGCGGUCGACUGUUGUGGACGGCUGGACCUGUGGAACCUGAAUCAGGACACGGAGGUGCCCUCGGCGAGCGUGUCCGUCGAGGGCUCGCCGGCCCUCAACAAGGUCUCUUGGACGCCGUCCGGUUUGCACGUCACCGUUGGCGACAACACCGGCAGGAUCCACGUUUACGACGUGGCUGAGGGUUUUGCACAUCCUAGACACGACGAAUGGAACAAAUUCCUCUACACCACCCAGGAAUUGCGCAACAACCAAGUGGACGAGGAUCUAGAAAAAUUGAAUUAUUCAAUAUCUAGUUUAAAUUCGACAUUUUAGGGUUCUAGAAGACAUUAACUAGCAUGAUGUGUCAUAACCUCAAUUCUCCCCUCUCGACGAGAAGCUAUUAUCGCGCCGCUAGGUUAGGCUUAAUAAAUGUCCAGGGUGAAUAUUUAGAAAACCGGGCCGGGGUGGCUUUCGACGUUUGGAAACCACCCUUUCCCAUUUGUACUCACGACAUAAGGCUGUUAAACGCGGGAGGAAAUAUUUUCGACUACUUUUGCUGUUGUGUAUAUUAAAUAGAUAAUGAAAAUAUAAAGUAAAAAUAAAUAAAGGGUCAUGUGUACCACGCUUUAUCAUAGAAAGCACUGAUAAAAAUUCCAACAGGCAACUGAAAACAAAUAUUGAUAUCCUUUAUUUCCCAUUUGGUCGGCAGUUACUCUUCUAAGGUCUACUUAAUUUUUCUUGUUGAUCCUGUGCAUGUACAUAGCUAAUUUAUUUUUUGUAUUAACAAAUGAUUUACCGAUUUUUUUAUACUUAUUGUUUUAUAUAAUGCUGUGCCUCCGUGUACAUAUUACUAAAGUAUUUGAAAAUAAAUCGGCAUU